CACCUCCAAUGACCACAACAACUACUUCAACUACCACAACCCCAACAACGACUCCAACGACCACAACAACUACUCCAACUACCACUACCACAAGCCCAACUACCAUUACCACAUUUCCAACGACUACAACAACUACUCCAACUACAACUGCCACACCUUCUACUACCACAACUACUCCAACUACUUCUACCACAACCCCAACUACCAUAACCACAACUCCAGCUACAACACCAACUACUCCAACUACCACAACCCCAACUACCACUACCACAACCCCAUCUACCACAACCCCAACUACCACUACAACAGCUCCAACAACCACAAUAACAACUACAAUGACCACAACAACUACUCCACCUACCACUACAACAACUCCAACAACCACAACAACUACACCAACUACAACAACUACCACUACCACAACCCCAACUACCACUACAACAACUCCAAUGACCACAACCACAACCCCAACUAUCACUACAACAACUCCAAUGACCACAACAACUACUCCAACUACCACAACCCCAACUACCAUUACAACAACUCCAAUGACCACAACUACUCCAACUUCUACUACAACAACUCCAACUACUCCCACUACCACUACCCCAACUACCACUACAACAACUCCAACGUGCAACUAUCACUACCACAACUCCAGCUACCACAACAGCUACUCCAGCUUCCACAACAACAACUCCAACUACCACAAUGACAACUACAACGACCACAACACCUACCACUACCACUACAACAACUCCAACGACCACUACCCCCUCAACUGA